GAGUUUUGUCUUUCAUUACUUUUCGAAAUCGACAAAAAUAGUGGGAUGUCAGUUUUUUUAUUUAAGGUUUAUCCACAAUUCUACUGACAAAUCUUGUUCAGUUUUUAUUUUCCGUUUCUUUUUUUAAAAAAUUAUUUACAUAAUGUUUCAGUUAUGAUCGAACUCAUUGACAUUUCAACUUACUUAAUUGCGGGUGUUUUGACUCUGUUAUCUUUAUUAUCAUACUUCUACAUAUCACAUGGAAAAGAUAUUUACUUUUGGAAAAGAUAUAUCUCAGCAAGAAUUCUAUUAAGAUCAUAUCAUGAAAAAUUCGAAAGGAAACUACCCACUUACGAAAAGGUGAAGGAAUUGGAUUUUACACCAACCGAUAUUGGUCUCAUACCGACAGAUUCUGAAUACCAAAUCGAGAAUCCAUACAAAGGACCAUUUCAAUGUUGUGAUGGGAUUCAUUUUGUUGCUGUUGAUAAUGGAAAAAAUUGGCUGGACUUAUGCAUUAAUAAAAUUCAAGAAAAUGUUGCUCUUAUGUGGAUACAUUUGAAACUUUUCAAUGGAGAUGAGUUUAUUCUUCCUGGAGGACCUGACUUAAGAACUCCUUAUAUAGAUAGUGAUGGAUUAUUUUAUGCGUGUGGAUUGCAAAUUAGAUGUCUCAGCCCUAUGAGGAAGUGGCGGAUAUCGUUCAAUGGAUUAUUGCAGCAAUGCAAUUCAGAAAAUAAUGACAAAAGCAGCAAAAAAAUAGUUCAUGUGAAAUUUUCUUUCAUAUGGCUCUCUAUUGCAAGGGGGCGAGAAACAAAUAUAGAUUUCAGCUGUAAAGACCUGGCAACAGCUUUUGCAAAUGCAUCACACAAUAUUGAUUUUAAAGACCUGAAAUGUUUUUAUGCAUUUCAAAACAGAUAUGAGCAAUGGGGUCAACUUAUGGGAACUGUCUGUGUAAAGGGAAAAGAAGAAGAAUUAUAUUUAUGGUGCUGCAAAACAAGAAUUUCUGAUAGACCUUUAUGGCAUGAAGAUGUUUGUUUUGCUAACUUCUACAUAUAUUUCAAAGAUGGCUAUCCACUAAGCGUAGAAACCACAACUAUUAAAAAUUUUAUUUCCAAUUAUACAUAUGCCCAUAGUAUUGCACCUACUGGUGGACUCGAGGAUGUUACAAACUGCAACUUUGAUUUAAAUGUUCUCCAAAGAAAUUACAAAAAAUUAGCCAUUUCCUUUGAUUAUCGUAAGAAAAAGCACAGAAGCAUCCUUGAGUUCAAUGAAAAUGAGAAAAUUGUGCACUUAGGACCUGAUUUAGAAUGGACUAUGACGAUUAAAUCAUUUAAAGUAAUUUCAGAUAAUGGUGAUGAAGGAUAUGGAGUUCUUCAUUUUGGCAUGAGAUCAAAAGAGAAACUGAAUUUCACUUAUAAUGCUCCUCCUGUCCUGCUAAUAGACAAAAGGACACCAUGUGCAAGUAAAAAUGUUGUAUUACUGAAUGAAGAUGAAUGUAAAAAUUCAGCAAUAGCUGGAGGAAAGGGCUGUUCAUUGGCUCUCCUAUCAGAACUGAGUGAAAAAGAACGAUUAUUCUAUGUGCCGAAAGGAUUUGUUGUCACAACUAGUGCAUUUGAAAACCAUAUUAAGAACAAUAAGACAAUCUACUAUGGCAUAAAACAGUUAGUUAAUGUGUCUGGUGAAAAAGCCAAAGGAGACCUUAAAGAUGAAUGUAAUAAAUGUGUGGAAGAAUUCCAGUCUUCGAAAAUGUCUGACAGUUUAAAGGCAGAGAUUCAAGAAGUACUGCUAUAUCUUUAUGAAUCUGUUGAACAUAUUCGAUUUUCUAUUCGAUCUUCAGCAUGUGGAGAGGAUAGUGAAGAUUUGUCUGCAGCUGGUCAAAUGUUGACAGUUUUAGGUGUAAGGGGAAUCAAUAAUAUAGCUGAUGCAAUUAUUAAAUGUUGGUCUUCAAAGUUUGGAUAUGAAGCUGUCCAAUAUGCACGUCAAAAUGGGCAAUCAAUUGAAUCCUCAAUGGCUGUUGUUGUGCAAGAAAUGGUUCCUUCUGAAGUUUCAGGAGUUUUGUUUACUGUUGAUCCUGUAACUGGGGAUCCAUCAAAUCUUUGCAUCACUGCAAAUUAUGGAUUAGGAGAGACUGUAGUUUCUUCAUUAGCUGAACCUGAUACUUUUAUUCUUCAAAGGCUGCCUGACAAUACUGUAUUACUCAAAGAAAAAACUGUUGGAACCAAAAAAACUGAGAUUCAUAUGCAUGCUGAAGAAGGCACGUUGCAAAAAACGCUUAGUCAAGAAUCAUUAGGCACUUGCUUAACUGAUGAGAGAGCUAUUAUAAUAGGAUCAACAGGGAUUUUCGUUGAAGAUUGUUUCUGUGCUCCCCGUGAUAUAGAAUGGGCUCUACACAAAAACAAGUUAUAUUUAUUACAAGCUCGUCCCAUUACAACAUUGCACAUUGAAACUGAUUUUGAAUUAAUUCAUGACCAAGACACUCCUCAAAAAACAGAUUAUGAGUAUUGGACAAGAGCUAAUACUGGUGAGGUGUUCUUGGGUGCAACUUCUCCUUUAGGAAUUUCUCUUGUUGUAGGUGGCAUGGAUAUUCUUAGUCAUAGGAGCCAACUUAUGAGAGAGAAGCUUCCUAGCAGUAAAUUUUGCCCCUACUAUUUUCAUGUCCUUCCUGUAACUCACCGGCAAGUGACACUAAGCAUGCUUGAUACAUUUUAUCGCGCCAAUGAAAAGAAGAUCACUAAUUUCCAAAAAGCAUUUGAGGUUGCUUUAUUUGGCCGUAUUGUCGGAACUGAAGAAAUGCACAAAGCUGCAGUUAAAAGAUAUGGCUAUGUGUCAAGAUCAAGACAAUUUUUUGUGUUUGCUUUUUUGUUUUUGAUUUCAUUCAAGACACCUAAAAUGAUAAAGAAAUGUGCAGAAAAAUUAAAAACAUACAGACUUCCUAAAGAAACAUUUACAAACCUCACUAAUAUCUGGAAUGGAUUGAUGUCUCAAAUACUGCAGUAUAAUGAUGUUUCAGGUGUGCAUGGCCUGGCUACUUAUUUGUCAUCAUUUUACAAUUUGAUAGUAAUUCAUGCUUUGGCUAAAGGAAAAGAUGCCUGGGACUCUGAACUUUACUGUGAUUUUGCCAAUGUUCUGUCAUCCUGCACUGGUAUUGAAAGUGCAGACGUGCCUGAAAGCUUACAGGAAUUGGCACAAACAAUUGCAAAAUACCAUGGGACAACAUUUUCAUCCCUUACGCAGCAAAUGGCAUAUGAUGCUCUUACAAAUGAUAAAGGACCUGCUGGCAAGCUUUUCAAAGAAUUCCUCAUAAAACAUGGCCACAGAUGUAUAAAGGAGUUUGAUGUUUUUUCCAAAUCUUGGGGAAUGGAACCAGAAAGUUUAAUACCAAUAUUACAGAAUCUUGUAGCAUCAGCAGACAUAUUGAAUCUCCAACCAAAAAAGGAACUUUCAGUUAAAGAUGAAAUUUCAAAACUGAAGACUCCUUUGCCUUGCAGUCGAAAAAAAUUGCUGAGCAUAAUUUUGCCUUGGAGUCGGAGUGCUGUGAGAAACAGAGAGCAAACUAAAUCUUUAGUAAUUAAAACAGUGGAUUGGUUUCGUCAGACUUGUGAACAGAUGGGAAAAUUAAUGGUGGAAGAAGGAAUGCUUCCAGACAAAGAAUUGAUAUAUUUCCUCACAUUAGAAGAAAUCAAAGAAAUGAUGGAGACAAGAAGGCCAGGAUUAGUCUCCAAAGCCAUCCGUAGGAGACGUUUGCAACCUAAACUUGAUAAAUUGCAGUUUCCAGAAAUUAUUUAUGGUACACCUAAACCUAUUGAAGGAGAUGAUGAUCUCUCACAGUAUUCUUCAUCAUUUACUUUAAAAGGUAUUCCUGUUUGUCAAGGAAAAGUAAAAGGUGUUGCCAGAGUAGUUUCAACUUUAAGUGAAGCUUCUUCUAUAAAGAAUGGAGACAUUCUCAUUACUCAUUCAACUGAUAUUGGAUGGAGUCCUUAUUUCCCUUUACUUUCAGGAGUUGUUACUGUCCUUGGAGGAUUAAUAUCUCAUGGGGCUGUUGUUGCUAGAGAAUAUGGCCUUCCAUGUGUGGUCGGAGUUCAAAAAGCAAUGUCUGCGUUUAAAUCAGGUGAUGUUGUCAUAUUGGAUGGUAGAAAUGGAACAAUUUCUAAACUAUCUAAUGAAGACGCAGAAAUAAAAGAAGUUUGAAUGUUAUUAGAACUGUUGUUGUGAAUUUUAUUUAUUUCAUUAUUUUCACAAAGAUGCCUACAUAUCUUCUAAUUAAUAUACAGUAUUUAUUGUGAUAAAUAAAUACUGUAUUAUUUGUUUUGUCA